AUGGGUCUUAUUCUUCCUCUCCGAAUUGUUCAGGGUGUCUUCUCGUUGGUGAUUCUGGGUCUCUCGGCCUAUGUCGCCAACUGGUACAACAUGGACACGAUGACGUCGUCGCCCUCUCAGAUCAACUUCCUGGUCUUCGUCCCUCUCUGGUCUUUCAUCUCGAUUGCCUACCUCGAGGUGGUCCCCAAGUUCGCUCCUAGAGCUUCUCAUCCCUGGGGCGCCGUUGCGUUCGAGCUCCUGAACGUUCUGUUCUACUUCGCCGGCUUCAUCGCCCUCGCCGUCUUCCUCAGCAAGCUUCUCUUCUGCCGUGGAGCCGUCUGCGCCGCUGCCCGUGCCGACACCGUCCUCGCUUCCCUCCAGUUCGCCCUGUGGUCCGUCACCGCGCUGCUGAUGGUCAAGGACGUCUUCAAGUCGGGGUUCCGCAAGCCCACCGCCGCUGGCCCCCCUCCUCAAAUGAAGGAGUCUGCGUAA